AUGACCGAUGAUUUACGACAAAUCAAUAAUAAUUUUCGGGCUUUUGAUGUUUUAGUAAAACAACAGGUCAAAUUAAGCAAAAACGGAUCACAAACCCAUUUUGCCGACCGAAUCAAAACCACCUUUAAAAGAUUAGCCAAAGAACUAGGUCAUUACAUGAAACAGGAAAUUAGAAGAUUACGAGAAGAAUUAAAGAAUGAUCCCACUUUUGCUAUUUUUAAUCAGGAGAAAAGCGAUGAAUUAGCCAACAUUGUUAAGAAUAUUUUUCAUGGCGAAGAACACAAAGAAGCCCAGAUUAAAAAUUUACAAGGAUGGCAAGCCAGUGAUCUAGAUUACAAUGUUCAAGCACCACCAGAAGAAAGUGAUUGUAUGGCGGUAGUUGGAGUCGAACCUGAUAAUUCUUUCCCACGAAAAUUAAUUUACUCUGAUGAAAUUACCCAAUAUUUUCAAGACAUUUUAAAAGACCUAGAGGACUUGGUAAAAAUUGACCAAGUUAACCCUGAUUUAGAUGAACGCAAUGAUAAAUAUGCUGAACAUUUUAAAAGACGUAAUAUGGUUAUGUAUGGAGCUCCUGGCACAGGAAAAACGGAGCUAAUUGUGCAGUUAGCACAAAUCGAAAGAAAGCCACCUUGUAUUAUUCAAAUUGAUGGCACCACUAUCAAAGCACCAGGUAAAGGUUCGCCAGUGGGUGAUAAAAUAGAUUCUCAUGAAAAGUUGAUAAAAAUCAUUGAAAAGGCCAAGGAGUUUUAUUAUGGCGACAAGUACAGCAAAAAGCCUUACAUUGUAUUUAUUGAAGAAGCCGAUCAAGGAUGUAAUGUUUUGGAUAAAGAAAAAGGUAAAUUAUUGGAGGAUUGGAAAAAUUUCUUAUCUACUCCCCGUGAUAGUGAAGAACUAAAAGGCGGAGCCCAAGAUAAGAACAGUUGUAUUAUUAUCGCUACCAACAAUUAUGAUAAUAUUGACCCCGCCUUAUUUCGUCGGGGGCGAUUAGCGAAAAAUGAAUUAGCAAAGAACAUGCCAACUAUAAUCGAGUCCUGA